CACAACACCGCAGAAUACAUCAAAUUUAAGUUAGAAUGCCAAGAGUAAGAAAGAGAAGACAUCAUAGGAAGUACAAGGUGCGAUGCGCAGUCGUUCAUAGUGAGCCACUAUGUUAGAGGACGGGAGCAGGGAGCUGGCGAAGCGCUACGGGGAGUUGGGGAUACUCGAGGACUCGCAAUGCUGCUUCAAGCCAAACGAUUCCAGAAUGUUCUGCUGCCGCUGCGCGCAUAAGCGCCGUGCCUCCCCCUUAACAUGUCUCGCCAUCUGUUUUCUCGUUCUCACCUAUAACCUCCUAGGCGGCUUUCUUUUUCUCGCUCUCGAAGGCUCAGUUACAGAAGAAACCGCAGUUGCCGCUUCAAAACCGAACCUCAGUCAAUCAGGUAGCAGCAACGACUUGCGUUUGAAAACAGUCGAAAAACUCUGGUCUAUUACUGAAGAUCUAAAUAUUUUGUACAAGGAGAACUGGACGAAGCUGGCCGCGAAGGAGCUGAUGGACUUCCAGAAGGUUUUAAUAAAGACGAUAAAAGGAGGAGGCGUUGUGUUGGAUAAUAGACUGACGUUUGAAAGCAAUGGAGACUACAGGUGGACAUUUUCGAGCAGCUUCCUUUACGCUUUGACGCUGAUUACUACAAUUGGUCACGGCAACGUAACGCCAAAGUCGUCUGUGGGCAAGAUGGUAGCAGUGGCGUACGCAUGCGUGGGCAUCCCCAUCAUCAUGCUGUACCUGUCGACGCUGGGAGACGCUCUAGCGCGCCACUUCCGCGCGCUGUACUCCCGUCUCUGCCCCGCCAGACUUAGCCCCAACUUUCACACAAAAGCAGACUGCCUCAGCAGAGUCGCGUUGCCUCAGGACUGCAAACCGUACCCCGACUGUGACAAAAGCAAAUUGGAACGGCAAAAACGGACGCCGUUCCAAGCCGCUCUGAAUCUAGACAGUUUUAGCGGUACUGGUUAUCAUUGGACAUGUCGUGAUCAUACGAGGGUACCAAUUAUACUUAGCUUACUGUUGAUUGCUGCAUACAUCGCACUUGGCACGUUUGUGUUCCGGACCACGGAGAAGUGGAAUUUCGUGGACGGGUGUUACUUCUCGUUCUCGAGUCUCGCGACAAUCGGCUUCGGUAAUUUGAAACCAGGGACGUACGCGAGCACUGUGUCCGCGAAGGCGGAGGACAUUGCAGUGGGUGUGUGUUGUAUUUACAUUCUAGUUGGGAUAGUAGUUAUAGCUAUGUGUUUCAAUUUAAUACAGGAGGACAUGGGUUCUGCUCUGCGAAGCGUGACCGCCUUGUGUGCAGGGGGCGGGAAAUCACGCGCAGUACACAGUGCGGAGAAGUGCGACGAAAAGAUUGCGAUGUCAGUGGUAUCCUGACACCGAGAGGCGGCGGAGCC